AUGCGCCGCAAGCACAAAAAGUCUCGAAAUGGGUGCAGGGAAUGCAAGAUCCGCCACAUGAAAUGUGACGAGAGUCGCCCAGCCUGUAGCAAUUGCUUGGCCAUAGAGCGACGAUGCUCAUUCCUCGACUUGCACCAUAAUACCCAAUUGGCAGCGUAUUCAUUAGCAUCCGCAUCAGCAAGAGCAUCAGCAAGAGACUCACCACUUCCACCGAAAGGCCCCCUCGCCCUGCCAGUCCAAGACCUGCCGCAAACGCCGGAAUUUACCCUGCCGCACCUCGGGCUGCUGCAUCACUUCGAGUCCGUCCUGUCCAAAGACUUGAACAUGGGUCCAGAGCAAGCCAUGCAGUUCUGCAACAUGACGGUCGAGUCUGCUCUAUCCGCCCCGUAUCUGAUGGACCAAGUCCUUGCACUUUCGGCGGCACACAAGAGCCAUGUAAGCCGAGAUAGGCAGUCAGCCCAAAACUAUCGGACCCAGGCGGCUGAGCUGCAGACACGCGGCUUGGCUCGGUUGAACCACGACGGGGUGCACGUCGCCCACUGCGACGCCUUGCCAAUAUUUCUAUAUUCGUCCUUCCUCGGCAUCCACUCCUUAUUUGACGCUCUCCAGCACCGCGACUUAGAGGCUCUGCUCGACGACUUCGUCACCUACCUCGCCAUUCACCGUGGUGUUUCAGCCGUUGUGCCCCAAUCUUGGCCGGAAAUAGAGCCUGUGCUAGAACUGAUUGUCGAGGACCGUCGCGUCUUUGAUCGCAUACUUCGAGGUGGUGGUGGUGGCCAAGGAGAAUGCGAUCCCUUGAAGGCCCUCAUCGACAGCAGCCCUGACCUCGGCGCUGCGGAGAAGGUAGCUGGCCGUGCGGUCAUCGAGGCCCUUCAGUGGGCAUUCGAUUUGUGCAACGCUUCAGCUGAAGCCCGGACCAGGGUGCAUUUUCUGUCGGCAUGGGCAACUGUUCUACCAGUUGAUUUUUUGGACAUGCUGAAGCGUCGAAAGGCGGAAGGGUUGGCGGUACUGGCGUACUAUGCAGUUUUGCUGCAUGAAUCACGAGAUUUCUGGGUCUUUGCCGACGCUGACUGGCCGCUGUGCAGAUCGUCCGGCAUCCAGAUACUGCCUUCAAUCAAUGAGCUCAACGAGCUCAAGACCUUCAUCUGCGAGGCCACGUGGAUUGCUCCGCCCAUAGGAGAGGGUUUCAAAAUCUUCUCUCCGGAAGAACAGCAAAAGUUCGCCGAGGAUCCAGAGUACCAUCUCGUGGAGCGCCAGAAGAUCGAGGCACGCAUGAACAGGAAUUUUGCGGUCUUCCACACUGAGACUGAGUCUCAGAAGAACGCGCCCGAGUAUAUGAAGGGCGUGAUGGAGACGAAAUUGCAGGAUAAGAAGCUCUCCAAGCUGUUGAUUCCGGAGUAG